AUGGACGUUCCAUACGACGUGUUUUAUGUGUUCCCAAACGAAAGACUUCCUAUUGGGAAAUAUAAUCCUUCCGAUAAUCAAGACAAACGCGUUCCAAGAGAAACAGAGGAACUUGCUUCUGUUUCUUUCGAAGACGAUGAUUCGAUUGUUCCGGAUUACACCAAGUACAGCCACAAAAAGACGACAGAAGAAAAUAAUAAAGAGGCUGUUGACACAUUUGCCGACUUCAUGGAAAAUUUCAAUGUGGAUAUGGAACAGACUCUACAAGAAGAAACAGAGCACCAAAAACCAAAUCCACUUGUUGGAAGUAUGCCUGUCAAAGAGAAACACAAAAAAACAAAAAGUGGGUGUGUUGUUGUAUAA